CUAAUCCUUAAUUACAAAAUAUAUAUUCAUUGCUUUUCAGACAAAUCUAAGAAACCAUCAAAAACAAAUCUGUCCUUUUUUUUUAGUUCUUGUAAUAAUUUUCUUUGUUAAACCCUUUUCGGCGGAAUAAAAAUGGCGUCAUCUAGCAGCAUAUACCGGAGCUCUAGCUCUUCCGACGGCGGAAACCCAUCUGGCUCCGUCGUCGCCGUCGACGACCGAAAGCGUAAGAGAAUGCUAUCGAACCGUGAAUCUGCACGUAGAUCAAGGAUGCGUAAACAGAAACACGUCGACGAUCUAACGGCUCAGAUCAAUCAGCUUUCGAACGACAACCGUCAGAUCUUGACGAGUCUCACCGUCACUACUCAGCUUUACACGAAGAUCCAAGCGGAGAACUCCAUCUUGACCGCUCAGAUGACGGAGCUGAGCACCAGACUCGAGUCGUUGAACGAGAUCGUCGAUCUCGUGACGACCACCAACGGUGGUGUCGAUCAGAUCGACGGCUGUGGAUUCGAUGAUCGUACGGUUGGGAUUAAUUGCGACGGUUAUUACGAUGAUAUGAUGAGCGGCGUUAAUCCUUGGGGUGGUUCGGUUUACUCUAACCAACCCAUCAUGGCUAAUGAUAUGAUGAAUAUGUAUUAAAUUAAAAUUAAUUAUAAAAGCUAGUACUAUUGCCCCCUUUUUGUUUCAUUUUUUAAGUUUAGCUUUUGUGUUUGGGUUGUUGUGGAGAUGUAAUUAUCGUAUGCAUCUUGAUUGGUUGGAAGGAUAAAUAAACUUAUAUAUUGGGGGCAUA